AUGACAGCCGCUGCAACCAUAGCCUCCACGGACAUGAGGCUUCUGCUGAGAGAUGAUGUUUUUGUCGACUUUUUCAACACAUUUCUGAACCUUCCUGUUUUUGGCCAGACACCCAUUUACAUCAGCAGCAUGGGCCGGUGGGACCUCUGGCCAGAGCUGCCAAGCUGCCUGCCAGUGGAUUAUUUCAAACUCAGGCAUCAUUUUGCUUUUAAGCACUGGGAGGAGCACAAGCCAUUUAAAGUCCUGGUGCAGCUUAUGGGGUCCAUCCAGCCCUCAGUAAACAUUGAUACAAAACUGCUGAACUGGCAAAGUGCUGACCGGUGGCUACUGGAGAAGUGCAUCAGCGGAAGCCAGGGCAUGUGGAACUUUCGGGCCUUCGUCCAAGGAAUGGCAGGGGAAGAACUGACCAACUUCUGGCUCAUCACUGAAAGGCUCCUGGGGCUUGACGAGUCAGACACGAGGCAGAGGGACCUCUACCUGUCCUUGCUCCACAGGCUGAAAGCCACUUACCUGCGCGAAGGCUCCAGCGUUGUCACUCUCUGCAGGACCAUCGUUGGAUCACUGCCAAAAGCCACGCACAUUCAGCCCGUCAGCACCAGGAGGGAGAUCCUAAGCAAGAUGCAGGAACAGGCCCUCUUUAUGAUUCAGAGUUACUGGCUCCCUAAAUUCUUCAUCCACUGCAAGAAGGGUAUGGAGGAAGAGAAAUCGUGCUGGCCUCUGCUGCAGGAAUAUCGUGAGCGUUUGUUACAGGCCAAUUCGCAGAAGCCCUCAGACCUUUCAGAGAAUCUCUUCACGAUGCAUAUUAAAAAGACUCAGGGUUUGUCAGGGCCCUACUGCAGCAAGAAGGCCAAAGCAGAGAUCUGGACUCUGGUCAAGGAAAGAAAAGACACCCAAGAAAUGAAGAUGUCCACUUUUCAGCUACCAUCCCUGAAAAAGCCAGUCAAGACCUUGAGUUUCCUUCCCUGGGCCCUUAGUGCCGAGAGCUGUGCGGGACGGCCCUUCAGAGACUUCCUGAAGCGCCAGGACUGUUUUGUGGAGACUCGUCUCCUGGAUCUGUGGCAUGACCUGGAGGAAUUUCUGCCCGUGGCACUAGAUCCCAACAGAGAAAAUGGUUUCUUCCUGCGUCAUUUGAUGGGGGAGAAGAUAUGCAAGACCUACCUGGAGGAGGGCACCAUUCAGCAGCUUCCCCUGGAGACCAGAACUCUCAGGAGCUUGCGGGACCAUCUGAUGUCUGGAGAAUUCUCCCCCUGUAUAUUUAGAGCCCAGAAGGAGAUUUGCAAGGUGCUCUGCCGCUUCUACGAGGAAUUUCUGGCUGACGAUGACAGGACAUUCCUCCAGUUUAUGUCUCCGCAGAGCGAUGUCCCAAUGCCCAAGAUGGAAGACCAGGCUGUUGGGAAAGGUGAAUGUUUCCUCCUGUCCCAGCGGAUAAAUGCGUCCCUGAAGCUGAGCCAGGCCUUACAUGGCACAAGGAACUUGGAAGUUCUCUCCGCUGAGCACUGGCAAUUAAUUGCCGCUCGGGAUGCCCGGAAAGGGAGCUCCAUCCAGGCAGAGGUGGACCCUCUCCUGUGCAGGACUGACUCCCAGAAGACGGUAUCAAAUGAGCUGGCUGUGGAUAGCCCAAGCAAAGAAAAAGAGCUUCUGCGUCCCAAAAGCCCAUCAUUUGGUGAGUCCAGUCUAAGCAGGCUAGAAGUAGGGCACUUCGUGAAAGUACUGCACAACCCUGCCCACCUGCAGUUCUUCAAGCAGUUCCUUGAGGAGCGCAAUGCAGAUGAACCACUGCGUUUCUGGAUGGCCGUAGAGAAGCUAGUCUCAGAGACCAACCCCAAGACAAAGAGCUCCCUCAUUAACAGCAUUGUCAGAAAUUAUUUCCAUGCUGAAAUCCCAGCUGAGGAGCAGUUGGACUGCCACAUUUCAAUCAUCAAAGAUAUAAACGAGGCCGAAGUAGUCAGCCCCUUCAUGUUGAUGACAGCACAGAUCUUUGUCCAGCAGGCAAUGGAAAAAAGAUGGUUUAAAGAGUACCAGGACCUGUUCCCCCCAAGCAACAUGCCCAAGUCUAACCUUCGUUUGAAGCAUGGGACAGGGAGCUUCACGACAGACAAGCUGCGGUGGGCCUGGUAUGCCAUUCGCGACAUCGUCAAGAGCAUCUCUAAGUUCCAGAGGGAGAUGGAUAAUGACAAACAGCGUGCGGAGUUUGAGGACUUUCUCCGGCGGGAACUAGGAAAUGAGGAGGAAAACUUGCCCAUCAGCUCAACGCAGAGCGGCAGCACCACGAACUCCUCCCGCUCCCAUGCAGCCCCUGCCAGCACUUCACCAGACAAGGAGGUGGUACUCGUGAAACGUCAGCUGUUUAACAGCCAGCUCAUUACCGUCAACUUCCUGGUCAAUGACCUCCACUUUUAUCUCGAGAUCAACAAGUUUUCCAGGCUGGCGGAUUCAGUUGAAGCUCUGGCAGCCCACAACGUGCAGUCGGAAAAGGAAGUUGCCUUUCUCAAAAGGAAAGCUGCCAUCAUCAGCAAACUUUUCCUGAACUCUGAUAUCCCCCCCAAAUUGCGGGUAAACAUCUCUGAAGAAGAGAGAGAUUUAAUCUGGAGUUUAUCUUCCAAGGGGCUACUGAAUCGUGUCCUCUACCACAGGGCCAAGGUCAUCAUCUUCCCCAUCCUGAUGCACUUCUGGAGAAGGUACCUGUCCCCUCUCUCCCAAAGUGAUGAGGAGCUUUCAGGUCUCCACAAAGGACAGAACACCAAUCUCUUCACCCAGUACAAAAGCCUCGGAAUCAUCCGACAUCUACAGUCCAAGUAA